GCUAGGAGACGCGUUGUGUUCAUGUUGCCGAGGCGGAAGUAGAAAUGUCUUCGAGCAGCUGCACGUUUUGGUUUAUUUGGAUUAUUUCACAUUUUGAACGAAGCCGCAGCGCGAACUUCGUUUGAGCCGAAGUGAGUUAGUGUCAUGGUGAAGCUGAGGGCGAGGUGUCUGCUCGUCGGAGAUGCUGCCGUGGGGAAAACUGCCCUCUCUCAUGUGUUCCACAGCGAUGGUACACUCUUCCAGAAGAACUACAGCAUGACGACCGGAGUGGAACUACUGUUAAAGUGUGUCAACGUCCCAGAGACCAGCGACAGUGUUGAGCUCUACAUCAUAGACUCUGCGGGGAAGGAGACGUUAGUGGAAGCCUGCGAGAAAAUGUGGGGUGAGCCGUCUCUGCUGUGCCUGGUUUUCGACCUGACCAGCGAGCAGUCUUUUGCCAACUGCAGCCGCUGGAUGGAGAGAGUCCGUGGCCACUUCCAAGGUCUCCAUGUUCCAGGUGUCCUGGUGGGCAACAAAUCAGACCUGUCCGCCAGAAGAGAGGUACAGACAGCCAUGGCCCAGGAAUGGGCCCAGAGCCAGGGGUUGGAUUACCACGAGACAUCAGCCAGGGAGAUGGAGAAUUGUGACGCACCGCUCCUCAGUUUGGCCCGGGCCUUGCAGUCUCUCUAUCAAGAACAUCGAGAGACCAUCCAGAACCUGAGCCCAGGCUAGACCCGCCCCCACUCACACACGCACAUACACACCUCGACGUUUUUUACCAGAGGGAUAGUACGCCCAAUGUUUCGAAUCAUCGAACCUCAUAAACUUUAUGGAUACAGAAUAUAAGGAAGCAAAUUCAAAUAAACCUCCCGUGGUCUUUUGUACCAGCCGCGCUACAGGCGCUGAAGAGCAGAGUUUUGAUUUGCCGAUGAAUAAAGUUUGUUUUCUUUGA